AGGAGGAGCCAGCGGGUUCGAUAUCGGAAAGCGUCCCCAUUUCCUAAUCUGGAAAGCUGAGCCAGAGACAGUCCUACGUGGAGGCUUAGUGGAUAUCCUCAUCCUACGUGGCAGCUCUACUUUCCUAAUCUGGAUAUAUCUGGAUAUCCACCACGUAGAUAUCCUAGGUUGAGGCAAUAUGGCUUCUGGAUUUGGCGUGACUGGUGGUAUGGGGCGAUGUUACCCAUUUUGGAUGGACUUUUCGGAAUGUAUGUCCCAAUGCGAAGAACCUGCGCAAUGUCUCAAACUGCGGGAGGACUACUUUGAGUGUCUUCAUCAUCACAAAGAGUUCUCGAGGAUCAAUGCGAUUAACAAGGAGAAACUUCGACAGCUGAAGGAAGCUAAGGAAGGAAAGAAAUCUGAUGAUCACUGAUUGACAUUCCUUUUUCUCUUUCAUCUUCCACAUGAUGGA